CUGGGAUGUGUCAUGCCAUCAUAAAACAUGAUUGUGUUGGAAACUGUCAUACAAUCGAACAACAUGAAUGUGUUGGGAUGUGUUAAAGUAGUGUCAAGCUAAGAAGGUAAUGGACAGGGAGAGUAUGCAGCUGUUAUCCCUGCGUCUGUCCCGGGCAUUGGAGGACAUUGGGGUGAGCAGGUACAUGCGCACCAGGAGGAGGAGAACAUGGCUGAUGAGGGAGACAAUUGGGAGGAUCACAAGUGAAUUACAGGGUGAUGGCUUCACUCUCUACCAGAUUGGCAGUCAGACAGAGGGGACCACAACACUUGGGAUGGAGUCAGACCUUGACUCAUUAUUUUGUUAUGGUAACAUGCCAGUAAUACUAGACUGGGGUGAAUGGAAGCAGGGAAUGAGGACUCUCCUUGUGGUAAAGACUGAGCAUUCCCGACCCCAGCACUGCUGGCUACAGAAGGUGAGGCCUGACCUUCCGUUACCAGAGACAAACGUGCGAGAGUCCAGUGACAUGAUGGACAGUGAGGGCAGAGUGCUGAGGGUUAACACUCAAAUUGAGUAUAGUGAACGUUUAGGACAACAAAGCCAGACGGGAGAGAUUGUUCAGCAUGGUCCAUCAAAAAGCUGGAAUGAAUCAAAUGAUAUGGUCUGGGCCUUUCACUGUGCCAGUCUUCCUGAAGAAUGCAAGUUCCUAUUCCACAGGCCACGCCCUGGCCAUUGGCCCAGACAUGACACACUGGCCCAGGCAAGGCAGACUGGAGUGUUCCUUGUGCCACAGGGAUACACUGAAGAUCCUUCAAGACCAAUCAGGUGCAAAUCCACAACAUUCCAUGUGCCUCAAAAAUAUCCCUUCUAUCCGCAUUCUAAGAGAGAGUGGAGAUUUUCAACUUCACUGAUGGAAAGACUUUUGAUGUUUAACAUGAGUACAGUGCAGCAUAAAGUGUAUGUAUUCCUUAAGAUUCUUAGAAAAUCAAACAUAAAGCUGAUCGUGGAUGACCGUUUUAGCACAUUUCACAUGAAGACUGCAAUGUUGUUUACCAUCGAGACAUAUCCACCAGAUAUAUGGAGAGAGGACAAUCUUGUACAGUGUGUUAUCUAUUGUUUGACCACACUUCUCAGAUGGCUGAAGAUCAAGAAUUGUCCACACUACACAAUCUCUGGGGUGAAUCUGUUCACUGGAAAACUGUUUAAACAUGAACAGAACAAACUGCAUUCCAUGAUAGCAGCAAUAAUGCACAGUCACUUCCAGCCCAUGUUUUUAAUUGAAAUUGACAACCUUGGAAAAAGAAUAAAUCCUGUUUGUUGUUUUGAAAAUACAACAGACCUUGAAUCCAGAUUUGAGUUGAACAAAGUCCAAGUAGCUGAUUUGUUUAAGUGGUAUGUAUAUGACGCAUGUGAAGGUUUUGAUUUAAAUGAUGCGGCUGAUGCGGAAGAAAAGAUUAAUGCAUACCUACAAUCACUGCUAUCUAAACAUGAUAAUUAUAAAGAAUUAGAACAUGAAUCAACUUCUUUGUUAAUACCACAGUUGUGUGGCAGACUAGCCUGCAUCCAAGCCUCCAAAUGUACCUACUGUAAUCAACCUAUCACGCAGAAUAUUAUCCACCUAUUCAGAUUGUCCUUUGACUUUGACCUGCUGUCCAAGAGACUGAAGUUUGCCUCCAUGUUAUACUGCAGUGGACAGUAUGAGGCAGCAACAAACUCCCUGAUCUGCUGUAAGGGCCUGCUGGGGCCAGAAGUGUGGCAAUGCUGUGGGUGUGAGGGAAGAGAACAAACACAUCCAAGCAAUGAGUUUAUGGAAAAGGCAAUCAACACAUCAUUCAAAGACAUGCUACAAAAGUAUACUGGCAUAGAUGUCCUGUUUACAAGUCAAGAAAUGAAUUGUGUUCCACAUCAUCUGAGGUAUGAAAUGUUCAGAACUAUAGGAGAAGAAGAUUGGCAACAAAGACAUCCAGAUGGCUUCUUUACAUGGAUGGACCAUGUUGUAAUUGACUGUAUACCAUUUCUCCACUACCUCCAAUACCUCACACACAGACAACUGAACCAACAUCAGAGUAAACUUGAGGCACUCAACAAUCUGAAUUCCUACAUAUCUUCAAAUGAAGAUCAUGGUCACAUAGAUACAGCCUGGAACAUGCUGGGCCACUGCUGGGAACUGGAGAACAGACUGGACCUGGCCUGGAUCUGCUACACACAAUCAUUGGAGAUCUACCCCAGAAACAAUGCCGCAAACUGGCAUGUAGCUAGAAUGGUCCAUAAUCAGUUAAAUGGUUGAAAUCAGAGUCAAGUACCAAAAAAGUGUAACACUAUGCAUGAAAACUGCAAAAUAGUGAAAACUCUAGACUACACAAUGUUUACUGUCAUAUACUACACAUUAGCAUUUUCAAAAUGUGUAAUUGAUACAUUAUAAAAAAAGAUGUUGUUAAUUUACUGAACUUUGACUUCUUCAAUGAGCAGAUAAAAGUCUUGAUGUCCUGAAUUUGCAUUUUUUCUUAUGGAACAUACAUGCUGUAUUUCUGGAAGGCUGCCCAAUGUGUUUUGCUAAGUGAACCAGUGAAUUAAAUGAUCUGUCGCGGGCAAUAGUUUUGGCAUGUUCUACUUUAAAAUUAAGCAUAUUAUUUAAACCAGCAUUUCUUUUUUACUAAAAAUCACUGUAUGGAGUAUUCGUUGUAAUGAAAAGGAAAUGUAUUUGUACAAUAGAAUUUAAUUCCAACGAUUACCCAUCUGAAAUUACAGGGUAUCAAUGACAUUUUAAAACAUCUUCUGUCAUAGAUAUUGUCAUAAAAGAAAAAAAUGCCUGGUGACAUAGUAGUGUAACUUGGGCUUUAAUGGUAGCCUAACCUUUUUCUCAGCAUGAAAUGAAAACCUACCAUAAAUGUAUGUUUUAAACAAGAAUCGGGCGGAGCGAACACCAAACCUAGCCAGUGGUUUUUCAGUCAAACAAAGGACAAUUAUUAAAUCCAGAGUUAAGGGCCUUGCUUUGUUUUUGAAUAACACUAACAAUGACAUCAAUGCUAUGCCACUUACUCAACAUUUAUUCUUUGAAAAAAGACGAGCCAACAAAAUCAAACAAAACGCUGAUUUAAUGUUUGUUCAGUCUUCAAUGUUAUUCAAAUCUAAAAGUUUUUAAAUUCAUACUAACUCGGCACUGUGAGCCAACAGCUUCACGUUCUUACGAGCUGUGAGAAUAGACCAGUGCGGGAUUUAAAUACAUUCUGGCAAAAUAUUCUUCGUUUAU